CGUUCGAUAAGCCAGCAUCAGUUUUGCUGGCAAUCAAAACAAAAUCGAACAAAAACAUUGACCAGAACCCAGAAGAUGACAUCGUAACGUUUUUUUUCCUAUUUAAAGACAAGCUCAAUCGAAUCCGUCGAUAAAAAUGUCUCGUAAGUCCGUCGUUCUGAGCAUUCAGCCGAUGUACGUACUAGAAGAAUCAUUCUAUCCGGAUACCUGGCAGGAUGAUUCACGCAUGGGAGUCCUACUGGCAGAAUUUCGUGUUCGAUCCGUCAACCCGGAAAACUACGAUUCCAAAAUGAAAUUCUGGAAAGAGAUGAUCCGCAAUUACUGUAAUCAUAAAGGGUCAGCCCUGGUGUCGAUUAUCGAACUAAAACAAGUGUUCAAAAGAAAAGGAACUAGUCCAUACUGCCUGCAGGUUGUUUUCGACGAUAUGAUUCGAGAAAAACAGCUUCUAUCUAGCGAACAAUUUCGCAAGGAAUCUCAAGAAAGUUGGACUGGUUGGGCUGUUGAUGUGUUUAUUAGAAAACCGGUAGGCUGGGGCUUUGGUGUGGUGAAAGAUAAACUUAUUGGCAGUUCCCAGGAUGAGAACGCCGAGUUUGUGUGUCUUGAAGUUGUUAUGAAACAAGCGGACGUACUAGAGAAAUUUCUGCAGGAGCAGAACAAACACAACAUACUGAUUUCAAUGGAGGAUUUUACGGAUCUGACCAAAAACUCUGGAAUGAGCAUUGACGGUAUUAAUCUGGUUCUGCAUCAUAUGGUACGGCAGCAGCGCGUUUAUAUAGAUAGAUCUGCGAGUGAGACACGGGAGGAAAACAAGUGGUUACUUAAGUUUGCUGUUCCAGGAGCGAAAGCUCAGCCGAUAACCGACAUCGAAAGAUCAAUUUACAAUCUUGAACAAACCGAACAGGAUUUACUGAAGAUAGUAGACAAACUGGAUCAGGAUAUCGCUGACUCUGUGGAACUGGUGAAAGGAAAUAUCCGUGAGGGUAAAAAACAGCUCGCUAAGUCAAAUCUCAAAAAGAAACAUUUACUCGAAAAGAAUCUAGAGAAGAAAAUGAAUGUACUGGAAAAUGUUCAAACCAUGCUUUCUAGGAUUCAUGAUUCGCAGAGUGAUCGCAAUGUGAUUGAGGCAUACAAACUUGGUUCUAAUGCUUUAAAGAAUGCAUUUGCUAGCUCUGGUAUUACCCUGGAUAGUGUGGACGAUACAUUGGCAGAAAUGAAAGAGAUUAUGGAUCAGCAGGAUGAAAUGCAAACGAUGAUUGGUUCCACUCAAACUGCAGAUGUCGAUGAACUGGAACUAGAAAAGGAACUAUCAGAUCUAAUUGACAUGAAACUGGCUGAGAGCAAUAUUCAACCAUCACCGAUUUCGCUUGAAUCACCGGUACCUAAAGCACCUGCUGCAGUCUCCGGCGGACAAUCGACAUUAGCACAGCUAAACGACUUUGAUAAGGAGAUUGAGAAACGGUUGGCUGCAUUGAGAAUGGAAUCUCCAUCGCCUCCGUUUGAUACUUCCAUGGUCAACACGGUAUCGAAAAGCGACAAAACUAACGUAACGUCUGUUAACACUUGAUCGGUGGUAUGAGCGGUUGUUGCAAAUCGAUAGGUAUCUAUAUAUCCUUCAAAUGCAUGAAACUCAUUUUUCAUUGGUAUUCGUUUUUCGGUAUGGAUACAUUUACAUCUUUUUGAAUUUUACCUCACAGAAUUCGGUAUGUUACCAAACGGCAACAGUACACAUUUAAGGGAUAUACUUUAUAUCUACGAACUCUCGUUGAUCUUUUUAUUUUUAAUAGCCAGUGUAGUGGAAUCUAAUGAGAUUAAAAAUUAUAUGAGCCCAAAAGCGACCAGAGAUCCGAAGUAACUUAGUCGGUAAGACACUGUCUGGUACAUUAUUCCGAGGGGUCACACAAACCUUAACAUUUUAAUUUGGAAUCUAAUAAAGAUACAAUACAAAAAACCUGUUUUAAUCCA